UUUAUAAAAAGAAACACAUUAAAAAAAAUGAAGGAAAUUAGAGAAAAAUGGUUAUGGCUGAGAUUUGCUUCUGAGUUCUACCUUCCUUCUUCUUCAGCCUUAAACAGUCUUCCUUCUUCUCAAUCUAUUCUCCAGCUCUAGCUCUGUUGGAAAAAAAGAGUGUUUAUUGUUUUCCGGGAACGAUGACUUCUCCGGCGAGUUGCCGUGAGAUGAUCUAGUUUCUAUUUUGGAUUUGCAUACUUUGUUCCUUCAUAGUGGCUAAGGCUAAGCUAGAAUCUUUAAGAGGUCUUUUCAAUUAGAAGUCACAACGGCUUUGCAAUUUGUGGGGCGGGAGGAACUUUGAUGUUUGGAUUUGAAGCAGCUAGGAUCCGGUUAUGGAUACAAAUACAUCUGAUGGACCUGGUGAAGAAUUAUUAACUAAGGCAAGAAAGCCAUAUACAAUAACAAAGCAGCGAGAACGAUGGACUGAGGACGAGCAUGAUAGGUUUCUUGAAGCCUUGAGGCUUUAUGGACGAGCUUGGCAACGUAUCCAAGAACAUAUUGGGACAAAGACUGCUGUUCAGAUCAGAAGCAAUGCACAAAAGUUCUUCACAAAGUUGGAGAAAGAGGCUGAAGCCAAAGGCAUUAAAGCUCUGGACAUAGAGAUUCCACCUCCUCGUCCUGAAAGAAAACCCAAUGUUCCUUAUCCUCGGAAACCUGGCCCAUCUUCCUCUCAAGCGAAACUUGUAUCUUCUUCACAAUGUAACCAGCCUCAGGUCUUCUUGGAUUUGGAAAAAGUGCCCAUUUCUGAGAAAACAUCAACUGGGAAAGAAAAUCAAGAAGAGAACUGCUCAGGGGUGAACAAGUAUCCCUUACCAAAUAAUGUAGUAACUCCAGGGAAACUAAAGACAUUCAUGGAAUCUUCUGAUCCGUCGUUAAGAAAGGCAAGUGCCGAUAAUGAAACAAGCAAGGCUUCAAAUGUGGACAACAACAUGGUUCAUGAGGAGAACAAAGACAUAGAUGAUGAUGGUCUGCACAGCGCAAGGCAUCAUCCAGCUACUACAACUUCCCAUCAAGCGUUUCCAGCAUUCCCUUUCCGCUCGUUUCUCCACAUGUCUUCUACUUUCUCCAAUCUUAUCAUGUCUACACUCCUACAGAAUCCUGCUGUUAAUGCUGCAGCCACAUUCGCUGCUUCGGCCUGGCCCUUUACUACUAAUGCCGGAGCCUCAUCAACGCAAAUGAGCUCUUCUCCUCCAACUAUAGCUGCCAUCGUUGCUGCUACAGUAGCUGCCGCAACUGCUUGGUGGGCUUCUCAUGGACUUCUUCCUACUCCAGUCCCAUUACCAGCCGUCUCAGUUCCAACUCCAGCUGCUAUGGAUAACGUCCGAAAUGAUCAACUUGAGAAACAAAGAACGGCCUUUCAAGAACAAAACAUGGCUUCAAAAUCUCCAGAUUCAUCAUCCGACGGUUCAGAGGAGACUGGAAUUACCAAGCUAAAGGCUGACGGUGACAAGGAGGAAGUUGUUGCUGCUUUGCUAGAUUCAAACGUUUCCCACAAGAAAAAUCCAGUGGACCGCUCAUCGUGUGGGUCAAACACACCUUCAGGCAGUGACGUGGAAACAGAUGCAUUGGAGAAAGAAAAAGAGGCAGAUGCAAACCAGCCAAGUGUUAUUGAGUUAAGCAACCGUCGGAGUAAAAUCAGAGACAACAACAACCAAACUACUGAUUCAUGGAAGGAAGUCUCUCAAGGGGGUCGUAUAGCAUUUCAGGCUCUCUUUGCAAGAGAGAGGUUGCCACAAAGCUUUUCACCUCCUCAAGCAGCAGAGGAUUUGAAUGGAAAACAAAUUAGCGACACGUCAAUGCCAUUGGCUCAUAAUAACUUGAACAAGAUUCAAGAUUCUUGUAAAGCAGACCAAAAAAGCGCAGUGAAUGAAGAACCGGAGAAGAGCCUUAAAAUGAGAGAGACAGGGUUUAAGCCAUACAAGAGAUGUUCCAUGGAAGCGAAAGAGAGCCAAGUUGGAAACGCAAACAAUCACAAUGAUGAAAAGGUCUGCUGCAAGAGGCUUCGUCUGGAAGCAGAAGCUUCAACAUAACCAACACAGACUUUGAGGUAAUUAUAUUUGCUUCUUCAUUCAAUCUUUUAUGGAAAGAGACUUUUUUUUUUCUUCUUCUUCUUUUUAAGAUCCAUCUGAUCUGAACAUUUCUUCUGUCAUGUCAAUUUCUGUACCAUAUUACUACUCCAUCUCCGUGUCUGAUGUCUCUGUUUGUGUCCGCCACUUCUGGUCUCUGGUGUGUUAUUGUUAAAUUUACCAUUAAGCAAUGGAUUUAUGUCUAUUUUGGAUAUUUUUGAAAUCAUAAACACAGUUUUAGAUUUGAUAAAGACUUCGUGUU